GUGUACGUUGAUGACAUGCUGGUAAAGAGCAGACGAGCGGUCGACCACGUUGGGGACCUGAGAGAAACUUUCACCACCCUGCGGGAGUACGGUAUGAAGCUGAAUCCAGCUAAAUGCAAAUUCGGGGUGAAGACGGGCCGAUUUCUAGGAUAUGUUGUUACGGAGAAGGGAAUCGAGGUGAACGCAGCCAAGGUGCAGGCGGUCUUGGAGAUGAAUCCCCCCAGAAACCGUCGUGAGGCCCAAGUAUUAGCAGGUCGAUUGGCAGGACUCAGUCGAUUCAUAGCCCAAGCGGCUGAGAAGGGGUUCCCGUUCUUCAAGGCUUUGAAGAAAGGGGUUAAGUUCGAAUGGACGAUGGCUGCGCAGGAGGCGUUCGAGCGACUCAAAGAGUUCUUAGCAGAAUUACCCCUCUUAUCGAAGCCAGAACCGGGGGAUGAGUUGGUGUUAUAUUUGUCCGUGGGGCGCGUGGCGAUCAACUCGGUACUUUUAAAGGAGGAAGAUCGACAGCAGAGGCCCGUGUAUUACACGAGCCGACUGCUGCAAGGGGCAGAAACCCGUUAUUCGGACAUAGAGAAGGUGGCACUGGCGUUGAUUACCACGAUCCGAAAGCUAAGACCAUAUUUCUUGAACCACAAGGUCGUUGUCCGCACUAACAUGCCGUUGGGAGAUACGCUGGGUCGACCCAAUGUGUCGGGCCGACUCACCAAAUGGGCGGUAGAACUUGGCGAGUACGAUAUAGUGUUCGAGCCCCGAAGAGCCAUAAAAGCUCAGGCCUUAGCAGAUUUCAUUCGAGAACUAACCACCGACGGAGAGCCAGGGCUGUGGAAAACGCACGUAGAUGGUAGCUCGGCCAUGGGUGGAGCAGGUGUUGGGGUGGUCAUAAUUACGCAAGAGGGUGACCGCCUUGA